CCAACGACAAAAGAUCCAAAAGAUCUUUCCAAGCAAUCCAAGAUCGCAACCUUCUAUAGCUAGACCGCUUCCUUUUGUCAUACUUUCUUUGGAAUUCAAUCUGCGUGUUGUGGUCAGGAAAUCAGUGAAGAAAGCAAGUACUGGUAGUUAGUGCUGUAGCCACCCAACCAACACGAUGCCACCUCCACCACCUGCCGCUUUGAUGGCGGCCCUUCAAGCCAAAUCCGCAGGCCCGAAGAAGAAUGAUGAACUCGCCGCAGAUCUCAAUCGAGAAGCUCCUGCUCCCCCGGGUGCCGCCGCCUUGAUGGCCAAUUUGCAAAAGCGACAAGCAGGACAACCUCCCAAAGCAGCAGCAGCUCCACCCAAGAAGAAACCCGAACAACGCACAUGCCCUCCGGGCAAACUCUUUCAUUACGACGAAUCGUUGGAAUCCUUCUUGAUGGAUUUGAACAAGAUCACUCCGCUGCUCACGACCGAUGCUCACGGGAAUCCCGACACGGAUAUUUUGGUUCCCUUGGCCCCCUGCGUUUAUCGCAUGUGCGAUUAUACACUGGCCAAAAAGGAACCCAUCUUGAUGCGUCGCACCCUCCUCAAAUUGGACGUCUUGCGAGCAUUGCAACGAGAAUGCGAAACCAUUAAUCGUUUGCUCUGGCAUCGACUCAGUCCCACCGCCACGUCGCAUGCACUCGAAGAAGACGAAUUGGGAAAGAUUCGAUUCAUGGAAUUGGUCUCCAAUUGUGGCGUCUUUCAAAAGGUAUCCGAACUCAUUCUGUUGCGAGCCGGACAAGUGGCCGCGGCUUUGGAUACCAAAACAACGACCGGCAAUGAUGACAAUCCCUACAAAAUUCCACAAAUCCAAGUGGAUGGACUGGAUGACUUUUUGCAAGAAGUGGAACGUCUCAAUCCCAUGUUGCAACAGGCGCGAGAGGAAAUUAAGGAAUCUCAAUCCGUCUCGUUUUAUCCCGGUUUGGGAGAAUUGUUUUGUCCGGGAUCCAAAGUCUUGUGUUUUCCAGAAGGCAUGGAAGGAUCUCCGUUGGGAUGUUCCAUUGUCCAAUCCUGGUACGUCGAAGAACUCAACAAGGCCACCAACAAAAUGAAACGACGAUUCGUACUCGUUCUUGAAUUCGUUAUCAGUGUGGGAGAUGAAUUGGUCGUUGUGGCGGCUUCCGACGUGUAUCCAGAAUUUCAUGAUCCCACCAGAAAUGUCCCCUUGAAGGAUCUCACACAUCGCAAACUAGAUGUCUCCAAUCGAGAAGACAGUGUUCUACUGCAACGACUGCAACAACGGGGAGAAUUCUAUGCCUCGGUGGCUACACACAAUCAUUACUUGGAGUAUUAUCCCAACAGCUUUUUCCCCAUUAUUGGAGGAGGCUGGUCCAACAAUGCGGUACGACCAUUGUCCAAGGGUGGCCGUGUCAUGGUCGACGUCAAACGCGGCAUUCUCGAAGGACACAUGCCUGUUCGUGGAACCAGCGAUGGAAUGAGCGAUACCGUCAAGGAAGCCAUCAAACUCUUUGAACAGAGCAAACGAACCGGUGUGGCCGUACCCUUUCGGACGUGCGUUUUGCCCGGGUUUCAUGCCAAUGACAUGAGCAAGAAAAAGAAAUUGCAAAUGGGGGAAUUGGAAGAACAGGGUGAUUCCGAUCGACCCCUGCUGUGGCAAUCCUGGCCCAUGUUGACGGGAUUCUCCUUUACGGCCCGUGUCUGGGGCAAACUCUUGUUGGGCAUGCCCAAGCCACCGGCUGCUGCCGCCUUGAAGGAUUCCAGUGUCCAUGAACAUGGGGCUGGACGAAUGGUCAAACGACCCAGUAUGCGAAAGAUGGGUGUCGAGUUGGGAGGAUUAGGAGGAGAAGGGAGUUGUGGAAAUUGUGGUUACAUCAAAUUUCAGGAACAGGCAUUUGAUCAACUCGUCUUGGCAGAGGAUAAGAAAGAACUGAUUCGUGCCGUGGCACGGAAUGCGGGUGGCAGUGCCGGCAGAUGGGACGAGGAGGCGGAAUUGAAUGAGUUUGAUGAUGGUGACGAUGACGGAGAAGACGACGUGGAAUUGGAUGUUGUUGCGAACAAGGGCGGUGCCUCGAUUUUCCUAUUGCAAGGUCCUGCUGGAGUUGGAAAGACAUUGACGGCAGAAGCCAUUGCCGAACUCUUGAAGAAGCCGCUCUACAUUGUGACAGCAGGCGACCUUGGUAUUACGGCUGCCGAGGUGGAAAAGACUCUUGGAUCCGUGUUGGAGCUGUGUCAGACAUGGGAUGCGCUUGUGCUGCUCGACGAAGCGGAUGUCUUCCUGGAGGUUCGCUCGAGCACUGAGAUUCAACGAAAUGCCUUGGUGUGUGUUAUGUUGCGAUUGCUAGAAUACUACUCGGGAUGCCUCUUCCUGAGCUCCAACAGGCCCGCUUCGGCCAUCGAUCCUGCCAUUGCCUCACGUAUCACAGUGAUGCUUCAGUAUCCACCUCUGGACGCAGAUGGGCGUUCCAAGGUUUGGAAGAACCUGGUAGAGUUGGUUCCGGCCCAGCCAGUCGAUCCCGAGACAGGUUCUGUCCCUGAUCGCAUUGCCAAAGUUCCAAGGCGCGCAUCCAAAUACAGGAUGGACUUCUCCGAUGAGGACUACAAGGCACUUUCGACGGGCUACACGUUGAAUGGACGACAAAUCAAGAACUCCAUCGUCCUUGCCCGUGCUUUGGCUCGAGAACGUGGAUCACCUCUUUCCAUGGAGGUUCUGAAACGCGCAGUCACAGCCGUUGCCGGCGAAAAUGCUGAGGCCUAGACAUGGCAAGUUAAUGCUGCUCGAUGACGGCAUGUUAUUUAGACUUGAGGCAGCCUCCUAGCUAGUUGUGUAGACGUACACUUCUUUCGUGUCAGUACGUAGUGUAUUGAGUUUGCAGACACAUGUGAGCAUGUGGAAUCGCGAAGAAACAAGAACGGUCAGUUCGCUGGUGGAUAUUCCGUCGUUGGUAUUCAUAAACCGAGAGCAACUGCUGUCUUGCUUCAACCAUUUACGCUCGCCUAUGUUAGGAGUUCACGCCAGUUUCUUCUUCUUUUCUGCACGAGACCCGGUCCUCCUCCUAGUGACAAACCAAGCCAUGCAUGUUCCGAUCACAGCCAGCAUCGUUGGAGCCAGCGCCGGCCCAAAGACCAGCUCGACAAGGUUGAAGAACCCAAACAGGACAGCAAUCGGGGCAGCCAACGCAAACACCUGCACAACGAAGCUUUGCUGAUCUCCAAACAAAAGAACUUUCCUACCAAUCUGCAGCCAGCUCAAUAUGUCUUGAUCAGCUCGGGAGUCAUCUGGAAUGCAGAACUUGGAUGAUACCCCCAUGCACAGCAUCCUCAAUGGAGACAACCACCAGUGGAAGAUUCUUUGUUCUGAAAAGUUUCCAACAUAUGCCCGAAGUGAAACGAAGGUGGGGCUUUGGUCUUGAAUUGACACGUAACUAGACGUCUUGAUACCGUCCACAACGAUUGUCCCGUCAGACGUGAGUGGCAUGUAGAGUCCUCUCUUUUGAAUAGAGGAAACCUUUGUCACGAGAUGCCCAAGGGAGGAAGACUCUGCCGCCGUGGCAAGACGAUCGCCCACCCGGACACUGUCGGCGCGUACAGCUUCCUGCGUGCCACUGCCCUUGACCACAAAGACCAGGUGGUCCGCUGUCAUCUCCACGGGAGCAGUACCCAAGUCUGUGUGAAUUUGCAAGAACUGUUGCUCGGUGGCCUGUUCCUUGUGCCCAAAGCUAUAGAUUGGCUGGUAACGGUUCUCACCAGUGAGCACUCGAUCACCCACAGCUACAUCCUUCAUUGGAACACUACCCUUGUCAAGGACCUGCACUGUAGCUGAGCUUGAAAAGCACGCGCCGCCCAAGAAUCGAUCAUCUCCAUCUCCAGCCGCAGUACAGGAACACUCCAGUUUCAAGCCAGUGUAGGCGCUGGCAACAUUGAGCGACCAUCCAAGAGUAUACUCUUCCGAGGAGCUGGCGAUUGCAGUGCUAACACCACAAGUCUAAGAACAAAUUAUGUCAGUAAGAAUUCGAAACAAAAACAAACAAACUUCUGGAAUCUAUAGAAAUCAAGUGUGAGUUGGCGUACCGUAGCCGCAAACCCCUGUCCAUCAUGAUCGAGAACACUUGCAUAACCUCCAUACUUGAGGUACAACGUGGCUCCACUCCCACUCGCGCAAGAUACAACACAAGUAGUGGAGGCACCAGGAGCAACGUUGAAGUUUUCCAAACCAGCCGUGAUCAGGGUGGUGCCAGAGGCGAAAUCAAGAGAAAACGAACAUGCAUCCACCUUACGAAGGAGGGACAGCACGAGAAACGUUGUGAGGAGCUGCUUGGGACGGAUCGGAUCCAGUGCUCCUCUUAAAUAAAUCGACAGAACUUUCUCUAAGAAAUGGAUUUAGGGAGGAGAAAAGGGAAAAAGGCUUCCGCUUGUUGAGGAGGACCCACUCAUUCACUUUUGCUCGAGGCCCGGAUUUUGUGCCGGAGACCCCAUCUACUAGAUGUUCAUGUUGGAAGAUUGGAGAUCUCCUCUUCAAAGGUGUCCAUGCAUCUACGCUAUCCAAUGUCCAAUGGUUGGGCGUACCAUGAUUACAAGCUUCCAAGAAUCUCUCCGUCCUUGGGUCCUGCGAAUGCUUCCGACCGAACGAUGAUUCAAUUAGAGGUGUGGAUGAGGCAACGAAUGUAAGAUUUCCUAAGCUGGCAAGAAGGCAGAUCGCCCCCAUUUUGUGUCCAACCAACUGCUUGAUAUUUUGGGGUAGCACAAAGAGGAACUAUAGCAGCCACGGUGUGGGACGAAGAUACAUAGAGUCCUUACGGUACGGACGGCUCCUCGUGAAAAAGGAUAGACUAGUGACUCAGUCGUUACAAAAUAAUAGAUCACGAGGUUUUUGCAAAGUGCACGCUGCACUGGCAAAUUUGGAUCAAACUGAAUGUCUUUUGGGACAUCAAGCUCCACACACAGCCUCGCUCUCGCAUCAAUAGUCGCGACAAUCAGUCCGAUGGGUUGGCCCAUUUGCAUCUUCUCAAGCUAGCAAGUGGUCCAGCACUGGUGCUGUGCUGGCACAUGUGUAAUUUUGGGUGUUCACAUCUUGCUUGUCUCGCUAACUAGGAAAACCCAGAGGAUUGUUGUUCUGCUGUUUCUUCGUCCUCGUCGGCCUUGCCUGAAACAGAAACAAGAGCAUAGCUUUCCUGUGCAGAUUGAGGGUUUAUUCGUCGUUGCAACCUCACCAUGAGCGCAGUCACCACCUGACACCCAAAUAUGAGAAGUACUGCCUGAAUGACGAGCAAAUCGGUGGCCGUACCCGUGUUGGGAAUGGGCAUCCCGGAGAGGUGUACCCCAACCGUAAUAAACCAUAUUGAAUGCCACAGCAGCGCCAAAUUGGAUCCCAAAAAGACUAGAAACGAAAGUGUGACGUUGCUACUCUUCAUCGUCGUCAGGAUCAAGCUGAUUGUCAUGACGAGGGCUGGAAAGGCGCAUGUCAAUGCCAAAUAUUCAUGGAGACGCAUAUCGAUGAGUACAUCUUUCAUGAGAGCAUGAUCGUACCACAGCAGUGCCUCUCCCCAGAGACCCACCGUAAAACUGGCUCGCAAGCUGUCCUUGGGCAAGUAUCCGUGGGAUUCCAAGACACCGGCAAAACCCGCAAAUAGAAACAAGAAAAUCAACGUCAAGUGCGUCUUGUAAUGGAAAAAUCCCCAAUCGGGAUGCAAAUCAUGAUUCAAAUAACGAGCACCCAGUCCGGAGUAGAUCAUUCCAAAGCUAGUAGCAAAGACCAAGCCUUUCGAGAGGAUGUGCAAGAAUUGAUGGUUUUGUUCAGGAACGUGUUGAUGCAUAAAGUCGGCAAUAACAUCCUUGCUCCUCUGGAGAAUUAAGCGACGAAUCCGAAUCGCAAUCAAGAGUAGAAAUCCAAUGCUAUAGGUGCCAAGGAAGACCCCUACUAUGUAGUGAGACCCUGGCUUCCUGUCGUUGGAGUAGGCCUCUCCCAGCUUCGCGGUGGAGGUGUCGUUCAUGUCCACGGUUGCUUUGGAUUCUGUUGUGUCUUCUUGGCAGUUAAAGCGAGAGUACGGUAACCCAUAAGCCAGUUUAACUGCUACUUGACAAGGGCGCCUAAGAGCCUGAAUACCGGUGUUGGGCACCAGACAAAGGGGGGGAUGGAGCGGGCACAAGGGACCCUCAGUUCAAGAUCUGGGCAAGCUAGCUACUGGGCGGUUUCCAAGGAGGGUGUGACUUGGUCGUCCUCAACAACACGUAUUUUGCAAAAUGAAAAUGGGUUGGAGAUUCACAUCAGGA